AUUUCAUGAUCUAGCAUUUAACAGAAUGAGGCUCUUUAACAGUUUAAUAUAGGAGUUCAUAAUAAAAAGGCUAGCGAAAAUUAAAACACUUGAUUCUUAAUAUAAAGGACAAAUAAUAUCUGCAUUUAGAAAUGGCUCACCGACAUUGGAUACAACCAGCUCUAAACCUGAGUAAGAGGAGAAUUACAUACAAAGCAGUGACUGAAAACAUCACAAAAUUAGAGAUAACACCGAAGAUUGCCAUUCCUGCACGUACACAACGCCAUGCUAGACUGGCGAAUGUGGCUGUUGGACCUAACUUGGCUGACAACAAUAAAGGGGAGAUUGACUUCCUUAGCUGUGACUAUCUGGCUAUUGGGCAUGAUCGAGCAAUCAAUGAAGCGCAGGCGGAAUAUAUCAUUUCUCAGAUAAAUGAUGGUAAAGCUACUUGGAGUAGGUCAGGGAUCUGGCCUCGUUCACACGAAUCUCCAAUGAACGAGUUUCAAGAAAAAGCUGCCGAGUGGUUAAAAGCUGAUGCUGUAGUGCUCACCAAGAGUGGAAUGGAUGCAAACUGUAGUCUGGUAGAAAUUCUACUACAAUACAAUUAUAACAUUCCUGUGUAUUUGGAUUUCCUGGUUCAUGCCUCAUUCCGUUAUGGCAUAAGAGCUAUGAAAGGGGAUAUGAUUGUGUUCAAGCACAAUGAUCUUGUGGACCUUGAGGCUAAAAUGACCAAAAGAGGGCCAGGGUUCAUAAUUGCAGACAGUAUAACCAGUUCAUUGGGAACCAUAGCACCAUUGAAAGACAUGUGUGACUUGGCAGAGAAGUAUGGGUCUGCCUUGAUUGUUGAUGAAAGUCAUGCUCUUGGUGUACAUGGUCAUGAGGGGAAUGGCAUUGUGUGUCAGUUAGGCUUGGAGCAAAGGGUGCAGUUCCGAACAGCGGGCUUAGCAAAAGGAUUUGCCUGCAAUAGUGGAAUAUUUACGGGGAGACAAGAAUUUGUCGAAUUAUUCCUAGGAGGCACUACCAAGUGUAUGUUCAGCCAUGCUGUCCAAGACCAUGAAGCAGUACGACUCCUUAAAGCCUUAGAAACUAUUAAACAAGCCAAUGAUAAAAGAAAGUCCCUUCAAAUAAAGUUCACAUACUUUAAACAAGAGCUGCGAAAACUAGGCUACCUGGGUUAUUAUCUUGAUCAUCCAACACAACUAUUUGGACUAGUUACGGGUGAUUACGACAAAACAGUUCGAUUAGACAGGACUCUGAAAUCAAAGGGUAUAUAUGCCGCACCGUUUGUAUUCCCUGCUGCACCUAAAGAUCGUUCAUUGGUAAGAUGGAAUAUUACUGAUGCACUGACACAGGAACAAUUGGAAUACACUCUUGCAGUUCUUCAGGAAUUCAUUGAAGAUGGCACAGCAAAGCCAAGUGAAUGGCCUGACUAUAAGAAGCCAUGUUUUUGAGCUAUGUAUAGACCCUAAGUCCCAACAUAGACGAUUGACUAACCAUUCUUACUUCUGUGAGAAGAUGAACAUACACUAUUUGUUGGUAAAUUCAAUGGCAAAAUUAAGCAAUUUAGAAAACCAGAUAGAGGGAGCCAGUAAUAUCCAGAUUUAUAUUUACACCAGUUCGGGGUGUGUCAUAAGCAUUGGCUCAAGAGCCCGGGGCCAGUUACUUUAGAUACGGACCAGUUACCAGCCCGAUUAAACAGUCCACCACUUAGUCAAAAUAGAGUACAUAUCGUAACAAAUCAGUGCUUAAUUAAUUGCUUAGAUGACAUAAUUUACAUGUGACAUGCUUGCUAUCAUUGCAACAUUUCUGCCC